AUGGCUACCAACAUCACCUGGCACCCGUCGCUCUCGCGCCAUGAGCGCAACGAGCUGCGCAAGCAGCGCGGCUUCACAAUCUGGUUCACGGGCCUGUCUGCCUCCGGCAAGUCCACCGUGGCCACGGCGCUGGAGCAGCACCUGCUUCACCUGGGCGUGGCCGCGUACCGGUUGGACGGCGACAACGUGCGGUUCGGGCUGAACAAGGACCUGGGCUUCUCGGAGAAGGACCGCAACGAGAACAUCCGGCGCAUCGCCGAGGUGGCCAAGCUGUUCGCGGACAGCGCCACCGUCGCCAUCACCUCCUUCAUCUCGCCCUACCGCGCCGACCGUCAGAUCGCCCGCGAGCUGCACACCCAGGCCAGCCAGGGCGGCGACGACGCCAUCCCCUUCAUCGAGGUGUUUGUCGACAUCCCGAUCGAGGUCGCCGAGCAGCGUGACCCCAAGGGCCUGUACAAGAAGGCCCGAGCGGGCGAGAUCAAGGAGUUCACUGGCAUCUCCGCCCCGUACGAGGAGCCUCUGGAGCCCGAGAUCACCAUUAGGACGGACAAGUCUAGCGUCGAGGAGUGCGUCGCUCAGAUCGCCAAGUGGCUCGAAGAGAAGGGGCUGAUCAAGUCUGCACUGGGCAACUAG